AGUAGCUACGAUACACUCCACCAAAGAAACCACCCUCAAUUCCAGGAUGUUUCCUAUUUAAGUCGGUUAAUUACCCAUCUAUAUAAACCACACGCCCUCAGAGGAGGCCCUUCACUUCGAAUGAAAAACCAAACUACUCCUGUAUACUGUAUACAUACAUAAACGCACAUCAUCUUGGGUAUCAAAGAGGUGCUCGUGGUUUAUAAAGCCUGCAGUUGGAGCCAAGACCAAUUCAUCAGAGAUCAUCCUAGCGGGAACAUUUCGAUAUGGGAAUUUCCACGAUUAAACAUGCCAGUCAUAGCAAACAUCUUCUCUUGUUGAAGUAUCCACGAGAGCCUUAUGAAUGUAACGGAUGCAAAGUACUUGGGCUUGGCCCAUGCUACGAAUGCGAGCACGAAGACUGCAGCUUCCAUCUUCACGAGGAAUGCGCAAUUGCUACUAAAUCAGCCUCCCAUCCAUUUUCAAAUUGCAGCUUGACAUUUCACUCCAGAGCCCCGCAAGGGGAUGAAAGAUUGUGUGAUGCUUGUGGACAAGAUGUAUUAGGGUUCGUGUACCAGUGCAACCAUAAUAAGAACCCACACGAUUACCAUCCCAGCUGUUUAAAGCUCCAGCGUACCUUAACAGCUGAAGAUGGCACGAGGUUACACCUGAGGAAGAAGCUGCCAUCGAAAUGCUUAAACUGUGGAAGUAGGAAAACUUUGAACUCAAAAAUCAAAGGCUGGUCCUAUGUUUCUUCCUGUGGGAAAUAUUGUUACCAUGUAGCAUGUGUGAAGGACAUGAUCUUGAAGAAGUGGAAGAAGGGCUAUUUCCUUCAAGAUGGCAAAGUGAAUGAGACGGAUAAUUACCUAGCACUUCAAAGUGCCAUCCCAGGUAGAGAACUAGAACUCCCAAGUAGGAAAAGUUCAAGCAAGGCCAAGAAAACAUGGAUCAGACAGGCAAAAAAAGUUAUUAUGCUCAUUAUUUCUGCUUUAUUUGGAGAUCCCACGACGCUGAUUUCAGUGCUUGUUCAACAGUUGCUCUCCGAUUAAAGCGUAAUACAGGCCUCAUCGAUGAUUUUGCUUUCUUUUAUAGCUAGAUUCUUGUAAUUAAUGUUUGUUUGAGUACCAAAGCUAUCUAUAUAUCUUUGUUUUCCUGUGUAUUGUUUCUCUGUGUAUAGGUUUGUCCUGUAGAUUGAUUUUCUCAAAGGGAUAUGAAAAUUAAUAUUGUAA